AUGGACAGACUGUCUGUCUUCUUGUUUUUUCUUUCCUUUUACACCAUUGUCAACGCAGGUAAGAUGGACUACUUACUUUAUAUCAAACUCAUUUAAUGAUUUGUUAUGUUAUAAAAUAUCAAAUGUCCAUAAUUGUGUAUAAUAUCACUCCUCUCCCUGGUUCAGGAUCACAUUCUCUGUGGGCACUUGGAACAUAUAUAAGUGGAGAGACACUUUUCCCUGAGUUUACGGUUGUGGUGAUGUUGGAUGAUGUUCAAGUGGCUUACUAUGACUCCAACAUGAAACACUUUAUCUACUGGGUACAUAACACCCCUAACAAAAUACAUGAUAACGAAGUUCAGGACGGAGCUUAUGUAUUUGGAAUUAUGUACCACCACAUGAAAGAGAGAUCAUUUAACCUAAAGCACCACUUAAACCUCACAGAAGGUGUUCAAGUUCAGCAAAGAAUGUCUGGCUGUGAGAUGUUGGACAAUGUUGAACCGGCCAUGUUCAUGGUAAAGGAUACUUUCACUGCCAUUUAUACAGAUCAAAUG